GAAUCAAACCCAUGAUGCUCUAACCACUUAGCCACACCUGCCAGGGUGACAAAAUAUUUUUUUAGCAGGAGGAGAAAUAUUGACUCCAUUCUGAGGAGUUUCUUAUUCCAGAAAAUUCCAGGCUUUCUUUCUUGGGAAGGAGGAACACUUGAAAUUUCUUUUAAAGAUAACUUGAUAGAGGUACAAUUUCCUGUGGUUUGUGACUGGAUUGCACCUGUGGACUCACGGAGCUCUGCCGGGGUGGGUCAGUGUGGGCCUGGCUGUAGCACAGCCCCUGUGUGGUGGCUGAGUGGACUAAGAGAGGGGCUCUGCAGUCCCCCUGUGAAAAGGUGGCUGGACUGGCUUCAAGCCAGCUUUGACUGCGAGGAUGGUGAGGAACCAUUGCUCAGCAGCAAGGAAGUCGCAGCACGAGCAAUCAGAGAGCUGUUUUCCAGUCCAGAGAGAGACUGUGAUGAAGAGAGAUGGGUCUCUUUGAGAGGUCUUUUGUUAAAAAUAAAGAGGUGGGUGUGGGGUGGAAGGGUCAAUGGGGAUAAAAGGGGACAUCUGUAAUAUUUUGAACAAUUAAAAAGAAAAAGAAGCAUGUCUUUGCUGCCCCUGACCUCAGCCAGGGUUUGAGAGUCUGCUAAUCCCAUAAGGCCUGAGGGCCCAGCAGUGGUUCUGUCUUUUGGAGGCUCUUUGUUUCCAGGUUUCAACUCUGGCUCCUGAUUAAGCCAUCUCUUCUCAGGGCAACCAUGCCAGGCCCUGCUGACUGCUCCCUUGGUGAAUCAAGUCCUGCCCUUCCUUGCACUCUGCAUCGCUGCCCCCUUUGUCCUGGUGAAAAAGGCAUUCUCACGGCCAUGAUCCUUCCACACUCCCACCCUGUCAUACUGCAUCAAACACUAGCUCCCUUCGUCUUCUAGAUUCUCUCUCACUUAUCUUCCCACCCUUCCCCCGCCCCAUCUGCAUGGUAACUUCAUUUUCUACCCUCUGCAAAGCAGCUGCUGGCUCAGACUGGCGGGCGUGUGGGAUUCUCAACAUUCAGACUCACAGAAUCUCUGUGGGGAAGGAAUGUCAAUGAGGCCUCUAGCCCCACCCAGCCUUGAAGUAAGAGCCCAACUUAUAUAAGACUCUUAACCACCCAAUAUUUAUUGAGCACCAGCCAUGUGCCAGGUGCUGUUCUAGGUAUGGGGGAUACAGUACAAAGAAGACAUUUAGGUGUCCCUGCCUUUGCAGAGUUUAUAUUCUAGCAUGUAUGUAUGGUGGGAGCAGGAGUGGGAGGUGGAGAGGGUGUGUGUACCACAAGAGGUAAAGCAAUAAACAAACAACAGGUGAGAUAGUGAAGAUCAGAUCUUAUGAUAAGAUGCUUAGGCUCCUUGUAACCAACUACCUUUGCUGCCAGGAACUGUUUCCUCUGUAGAUAGUCAGAUCCUCCCUACAUGAUGAACCUGUCUCAGUGUGAGAGCCUCUCAGAACCAGGUAGGUUGGCAAUGGCAAGAGAAAUCCUGCCACAGGACCACAAAGUAACAGGCUGCAGCCUGACUGUGCUCAUGGCCAAUUCACAGCAACUGGCUGGAGGCUGGGAGUUUUAAGUUGCUGUUUCAUCAUCGAUCUAGUCACUUGACACCCAUCUGAGCCAAAUUGCCUUUCAUUUUUACAUUGGUGAGGCUGUCUCCCUGAGAGGGGCUAAUGGUAAUUUUCAAUGGUAAAAUGAUAAACCUUUUAUUUCCUAGUUGGCCUAGUACAUCUAAUGGUGGUAAAUCAAGAUGCUGUUGGGAGAGUCUGGCCACCCCAGACAGAUAAUAUGUGGCCCUUUGGGUGACACAUACACAAAUCAGAGAAGAACUGAAAGAGUAGUGGGCUGGAGCAAGACACAGUUCACUGUAGUAGUAAAUUAACUUGAAAAUGAUGAUACUCCACCCUUCCAGCCCCAGGUUACUUGACAGAGGGAGAUGUAUCCAUGUGGGUCAAAGUACAAAAAAUCAACUCCUGACUGUCCUUAAACCAUCUAAGCAGUCCACCCUGAUUGGAAGCUUUAUAAGCCAGAGGUGGCCAAAUAGCAACCCAUUUGUGUUUUGUUUUGGUUGGUUGUCCACUUGGUAAUUUAUUUAACUUUGGACUAAUUGCAGCAAUUAAAAUCAGGAAUUUUCACAUGAAAUUUCAGACAACCCAUACCAAAUGAACCUACCUUUCUCUGUGAAACCACUGUUGGCCAGCUCAUUAAAAGCAGAGAAUAAUCUCUGCCUCAGUGUGUUCAGGCUGCUAUAACAAAAAUGCCAUGUACUGGGUAGCUUAAAUAACAAAAAAAAAUUGUUUCUCAUAGUCUGAGGCUGAGAAAUUUUUUUCUCAAGGUGCUGGCAUAUCUAGUGUCUGAGAGACACUGGAGAGCCUGGUUAAUAGACAUCUUCUUGGUUCAUAGGUCACCAGCUUCUUGCUGUGACCUCACAUGGUAGAAAAAGCAAGAAAGCUCUUGGCAGUCUCUAUUAUAAGGGCACUGAUUUCAUUCAUGAGUGCUGCACACUCAUAACCUAAUCACCUCCCAAAAACUCCACUUUCUAAUACCAUCACUGGGGGUUAAGAUCUCAGCAUAUGAAUUUUGGAGUGAUAACAAAUAUUCAGUCCAUAACAGUAUCAUAUAGUGCAUUGAGCUCUCCAGUGGACUCCUGGUGGGACUUGAGCCAGCAUCAGUGUAGUAUCCUUUGGUUUCACAAUUCCUGGCCCAUCCAGGAGAAUCAAAACUGUUUGAACUACCUAUUAUCAGGGAUGAUGCCAUUUUUAUGAUCUAACUUUGAAAUGCAUUAUCAAAAUCUGUUUAUGUCCCAGGGUUGAUGAACUGGAAUACAGCAGAGGGGUUGGGACCUAAAAUAACCUUGUACAGUCCCAGUGCAUUGGGUAAGAUCUCUGUGUGGUUGCCUUAAGAGACCAAAAUAACCCUGAACUAAAACCAAAUAGAUUUUUUUCCCCCUCAUAUUACAGUUCAGAGGAAGAUGGUUUGUGGCUGUGAGGGUGGCUCUUAUUCCUUCUGUCUCAUUCCUUCGCCAUCUCUAGGGGUUCUCCCUUAUCUGUAUGGCUGGCGAUGGCUCAUCAAGUUCACAUUCCAGCCCUCAGGAAGGUGAAAAGAGGAAGAAGAGGUGCAGGUGUGGAAGUCCCACACGUCACAUCUGCUCACAUCCCAUUGGCUAAAGUCUAGUCACAAUCACACUUAUCUGCAAGAGAUGCUGGGAAACCUUUUCUUUACCAGGGAAGUCAUGUGACCACCUAAAAAUCUCCAUUAUUAAAGAAGAAAAUAGAUAUAGGUGUAGCACUGAACAACUGUGCCAUAAUUGAGCUUAUUAAACUUAAAGGAGCUUAUUAAUGUCUCUGUAUUAAACUUUUCUUCAUUCUCAGUCUUUGACAAAAUCAGGCUAGUCCUUAAUCGCUACCAUGUCACCCCCAAAUCAUUAACACAGUCACUUAAACUAUUUUAUUGAGAACCUAUUUGUUGGCCUAUUUGUAUGGUACCACUUUGUAGAGCUUAUAGCCCAGUAGAGGAGACAUGACAGUGCAGCAUGACAUUCACUGAUCAUCUUUGAACUGGGAAUGGAGAGGGAGGAUGGGUGAAGCCUAACUUCCAGAGAAAAGAGCAAAGUCCUUUCUCUUCUCUUAAUUAUACAGGUUAAAGUCUUGGAAACGGGAAAUUCUUUCUACCCUCUGUCUUAUGAAAUCUAAAAGAAAGGAGAAAUGUUUAGAACUUGUUUCCCAAAUAUAAUACUAAUAGCAUAAUAAAGUGUGCAAAAAUAGGGGAGGUAAUUAAGCCUUCCUCUCUUAACAGUUGUUCAUAUAUUAUUUUUAAGUAGGUAUUUUCCCUUCUCCUCUGUCUUAUCAAGUCAACGAAUACACACUAAGCAUCGCUACAUGUUGAGCCCUGGGGUCUUUCCACUGGCGAUGAGGAAGUGUAAGAUAGUUUCUGAUUUCUAAAAUUUUAUAAUCCACCCUGCAAACUCUCUUUACCUGAUAAACAAAAGAAGAAGAAAAAACGUCAAGAGUAAAAGGUAUGCAUCCUCUCCACUGUUUUUCCAGCAUGUGAUAGGGCAGGUCCCAGGAACUUUCUUGGAUCUUAGGCCAAUAAGAAGCCAAGUAACAGGUGUCCUUUAUAGAAUAUCAGGGUAUGUAUGGUUGGCGAAGUGGUGCCAUCUUUGGGUGCCUCACUGAAAGUUGCAUUUAUCCAUUUGAGUACAAUUGCAGUGUAUAACUUGAUAGCCAGAAGCCUGGAGUACUGGUCAACAGCCAUCUGAAUCUCCAUCUAUGCUGGGAGUAAGAAUGGUUCUUAGCCCCCAUUCAUCUGUAAGGCUUCCUCACCCAAUUUCCUUAUAGUUGGCGAAAUUGAUGGUGUUUACAUAUUUUGUGUUUGUGUAAAUGACAAACAUAUCAUUGCAACACAUCACAUUUUAUUCACCACAAUCCAUUCUUGUAAAAGUAUUUCUGCAGCACUGAAAAUGUAGAAACAAAAUGUUAUGAGAAGUAAAGGGAGGCGAAGACUUCUGCCAAGUCGAGGAUCAUUUCACAAACCCCUUUCCAGCUCACCCCGUUCCCUACCCCGUUGAUGGCUUUGCUUUCCUAUCUUCCAUGUUGAACUCACUGUUGGGACAUCUUUGCAUAUCCCCAUCUAGGAGGAAGCUCUGGGAUGUGUGGGUAGUAAAUUUGCCCAAGCAAACUGGACUCUUCACAAGGAAUCAGACGUGAGGGCUAGGAUGGAAGAGCUGGCACCAGUGGAAAGCCAGGGCCAGCUCCCAAGCCCCCACCAGGGCUCUCUGAGGAAGGCCGUGGCUGCUGCCCUGGCCCUGGAUGGGGAAUCCACAAUGGGCCGCAGGAAAAAGAGGAAGAAAGAGUCUCGCCCAGAAUCUAUCAUCAUCUACCGGUCAGAGAGUGAGAAGGUGGAUGAGGAGCCUGGGGAAUCAGAAGGUGGUGACCAGCCUAAAGAGGAAGGAGAAGACUUCCUAGACUAUCCCGCUGAUGAUGGUAUGUGGAACAUGCCUUUGGACAGCCGCUAUGUCACAUUAACUGGGACCAUCACACGAGGGAAGAAAAAGGGUCAGAUGGUGGACAUCCACGUCACGUUGACAGAGAAGGAGCUGCAAGAAUUGACCAAGCCUAAAGAGACAUUGAAAGAGACAACAACUGAAGGCAGAAAGGUCUGCCAGAUGUCAGCAGACCGUGGGCCCCAUGUGGUCCUCUGGACACUGGUCUGCCUGCCUGUGGUUUUUGUUCUCUCUUUCGUUGUCUCUUUCUACUAUGGCACUAUCACUUGGUACAAUAUCUUCCUUGUGUACAAUGAGGAGAGGACCUUCUGGCACAAGAUCUCAUGUUGCCCCUGCCUCAUUCUCUUCUAUCCAGUGCUGAUCAUGGCUAUGGCCUCUUCCCUGGGCCUCUAUGCUGCUGUGGUUCAGCUCUCCUGGUCCUGGGGAGCAUGGUGGCAAGCUGCCCGGGACAUGGAGAAAGGCUUCUGUGGCUGGCUCUGUAGUAAGCUGGGUCUGGAGGACUGUUCUCCCUACAGCAUUGUGGAGUUGCUUGAAUCUGACAAUAUUUCAGGCAAUCUCUCCAACAAGGACCCCAUCCAGGAAGUAGAAACUUCCACUGUCUAAACUCCCAACACUUUAUUUCUUCCUCUCGUCCCAGUAGCCUGUGUAUCAUCUUCCAAUUCCCCUCCCUCUCAUAGUUCUUCUGGAAAAUGCCAGGCCACAGUGAUCUACCCUACCAUCUUGAUGGAUCUAGGAGGACAGGGAACAGAAAAUCAAUUUACACAAAAGUUGUCCAUACAAUGGAAAAACCCUUCUUCAUUUCUUGCCCUAAAAUGACCAUUUAUCUGGGACAAAGAGCUCAGUCGCAUACCAAUUCAGAAGACUGAAGGUGUUACUGGUGCCUGGAACCCAGGGGAGUAUGUGAGUAAAUGUGACAGGGACAAUAAGAAGGCUCUGGGAGGACCAAUAAAAUAAUAGAUAGUGAUGGAGUGAAACAUUUAGGAAGCAGGCUUACCACAGUGUAGCAGAAUGUAAAGAUUUGUGCGCAGCACUUAGAGUUUUAUUUAGCUACAUAUAACUGAUAUCCCAAAAUAUGAGUGGUUUAAACAAGGUAGAAGUUUCUUUCAUCUGGAGGCAGACCAUCAAGGAGCCUGAUGGAGUCACUGAGGUCCAGGCUUCCUUUAUUCCCCUGCCAUUAGUGUGAUGUGACCCUCAUCACCUGUAUCUUCAACAUCCUGGUGCUGACUACAUCUGCACCCAUCUCAUCCAUAUUUCUGGCAGAAUAGAGGAAAGGGCAAAGAAAAGCACAUUCUCUGUACCCAAGGAGGCUUCCCAGAAGUCUCACUCAACACUUCUUAUAUCUGUUUGGCCAGACCUUUGUCACAUGACCUCACAAGCAAAAGAGGCUGCAAAAUAUAGUCUUUUGGGUAGUUAUACACUGGGCUAAAUAUCGGGGUUAUGCAAAUUUAAGAGGAAAGAGAAGAAUGGCUAUUUUGGUAGGCAAAUAUGAAUCUCAGUAAUUAUUUAAGAAUAUUCAGAUCCCAAACUGCUACUAUAGUUUUAGCUAUUUAUUUAUUUAGGCCUAAAUCUUACACAGAGAUUUUAUAUAUAGAUACUAGCUAUAUAUACUAUGUAUAUACUAUACAUAGAUAUUAGUAACUCAUGUGCUUUGCAAUUAAAUGUCUGUAAUGUCAUGUGGUUUCAGGGUUUUUUAGAAGGGAAGAGUAAACAGUUGAGUACAACUACAUAAUAGUAGCAUACUUUUUUUCCUGGUAGUGAAGGUGGGACUGGGUGGUGUUAUUUAAUUUACUCUAUAGGUUAAAGACUGUGAAGGGAGGGAUUGCAUCUGUCACUCCCCACUGCCCACCCCCCUUCCCUCAACAGGGGUUGGUCACCCUAAGCAGGAAUAAGACAGUGUUAGCUUUCUGUUUUUUGGCAAAACCUCACUCAGAGCCUCACUUAUUCAGACCUUUCUGGAAUUUAACAACAAACACAGUCUUUGCUGUGCUGAGAAGACUGUCUUCCUGGUCACUGGGAGGUAUAAACCAGAUGAAUCUAGAUUAAUUGAUUCUGAACCUAAAAAAAAAAUUCAUUCCUGAAGGUGUAUUUCUAAUUUUUUAGAAAAUUGGAUCAUCACAGGUCAAGCAGUUUUUGGAGGUUUGGGACCUUAUAAGAAUACCUGGUACUCGUUUCUUACUCAUGUCUCAUGAAGAAGUUGAAAGAACUGCUGUGAAGCAAACCAGACUGGUUGGGCAUGCUCUCCCACAGAAGGCCAGGGACAUUUGCCUAAUGUUGGUGCUGAAAUCCACCCUCAGAAGACAACCCCACUUUGGUAUUAUUAUAAUUAUAAUUAUUAUUAUAUCCUCACCUGAGGAUAUGUUUUUAUUGAUAGAGAGAGGAAAGGAGA